GCCAAUAAUGAUCGACUUCAACUCACCGAGCAAAAUCUUCCGCGCGUUUGGGGGGCUUUUCGUUGCCUUUGGAGGCACCUUUUACCUUGCGAAGCAGAUCGUCAAUUCCCGGAGAGAUGCAGAUCAUCGUCGUGAAGUGCUAGCAAUGCAAGAGGGAGAAAAGAGGAAUGGGGCAUAACUCCAAAGCGCAGAAUAUCUCUUCCGGCUUCUCCGUUACUCGAGACCUGUCGUAUCGUGCAAUGUCUUUUGUAUACGGCUGCCACGACAACGAUGGUGUAUAUGCAUUGGAUAUUCGACGUGCAACAAUCACAGAAAUAAAGACGGCCGGAUCCAACCAAAUCGUUCAUCCACUGGGCACCGUUCUCUGGGUGGAAGGAGAGGUCCGCGCAAUAUCGCUCAGAGGAGGUAGUCUGAUUUUGAAAGACGGCGUGGUCGGGGGUACGACAGGCGUCGGUUCCGCAGAUACGGGUUGCCCUUUGUCCUUCGCUUUCCCUUUCCCUUUCGAUCCCUGGGGCCUCUCAGUCCUGGACUUUUUCGUGGAUUCGGAUGGCCUAGUUUCAUCAUCGAGGUUGUGGUCUUCGGUUGGCUCCUCCCUCUCCUUACGUUUGCGGCUAGGCUUGACUGUUUCUUUGGGCGUCUCUUGAUCGGCCGCUUUUCGUCGGACAGUCCGCCCUCGGGAAGAGGGCUGGGAAAUGUCAGGUAGGGUAUUACUGGUAUGAUAGCCAAGUGCAGACCUUGGAAACAGGUGACUCAGACGGCUGCCCGGCAGAAUAAAAGCCAUUCUCGUGCUCUUCUGUCUCUGUUUUGACACGAAUAGAUAGCGGCCCAAAUGGGUCGUCGAGACUGGACUCCUGAUGGCAGUAUCGGCAAUUGACCAUUGAUAACAUUCGUCGCUGCGCACCUUGGAAGAGAUGCUGACGACUGAGUCUGCCUUCCUCCCGCGAGAACGCAAUUCCCGCGUAUUUGCGGUCGGUGUUACGGAUGAAUGCAGUCCAUUUGCAACUCGUUUUCGUUUUGCAGAAAUAUUGGAAGGUCCUGCCUCUUGAGAAGCUCCGUUAAGUGCCUUGGAUGCCGUGCGCUGUGAUCGCCACGCGUGGGUUUGAAGGACCUCGGUCCGGUAAAAACACGUACCUUGAGAGCUCCGGUCCGCACUGGCUUACUCG